AUGUCAUAUGGGGAAAUAGGAAUAACACUCAAUGAAUUUCUUGCUCCUCGCUGGCAAAAGAUUCAAGAGGGAAACAUCACCGUUGGAAGAGAGGUUCUCAAGAGUCGUGGUUUAGACUUUGAUAGCAACUUUUUCUGGAUAUCAAUUGCAGCAUUACUUGGUUUCGCAGUAGUAUUUGAUAUCCUAUUUGUAGUAGAAUUAACUUACUUAAAAGAAAUGGUUGAAAAGGAGGAAAGUGAUACAGAAGCUUUUAAAGUUUUUUUUGGAAAGGAGUGUCUAGGCAGGGUACGCUGUUAUGGGAGAAACAUAACUAAAACUUCCUUAAAGAGAAAGGCAGAGAUUAAUGCUUUGAAACAAGCCCACAAUGAAGAGGUCUCUACAUUAAGGGACGAGUUUCAAGAUAUGAUUGAUAGAUUGCAAAAUGCUUUUAAGACUGUAAUACAACAAUGCAAUCCUCAAAUUAAUAUAGAGUCAAUUGAAGAUUUGUUAGGAUUAUCUCAUGGAGAUGCUAAUAGUUCCCCAAAGGAUAUAAGACCGCAAAUGCAUUCAUCUACAUCAACUCAUUCUCCAUGUAAUGGAAAGCAAUGUAUCAAUGAAGAUGUUGAAAAGGACGAUAUAAAUGAUGAAAUCCAAGAGGACGACAUAAAUGAUAAAAUUCAAGAGGACGACCUAAAUGAUAAAAUUCAAGAGGACGACGUAGAUGACGAAUUUCAAGAGGACGACAUAGAUCUAGAUGAUGAAUUUCAAGAGGAGGAUAUAUAUGGUGAAUUUCAAGAGGACGACGUAGAUGAAGAAUUUAUGGAGGAUGACAUAUCUAACGAAUUUCAAGAGGACGAUCUGGAUGCUUUACUCCUAGAAGACAAACUUGAAUGA